CCGGGGUCGCCGCGCCAGGUUGAGGCAACUUGGUGCCGUGGCGCUUUGACUCUGCCGGCGGGACACCGCAGGAGAUUGUGAUACCAGGACUGAAGACAAAGAGUGUUGUCUGGAGGAAAAUGUUUCUGAGGAUUUGAAAUCACAGGCAGAAAUGUAAGAAAACUGUGCAGAUGAUGUUUCCCAGUUUCCUGAGUUUGGAGAACUCUGACAGGACCUAAUAGAAAAGGAUUGGAAGGUCCCCAGAGGUACAGCCUCUCUACCAGAAAGGGACCUUCACACCAGUGACAGUGCUCCUUCGGGAUCCCUUAAGGGAGAAAAGUCUGGAUUGUCAUAGUUUUGACCAAAGCUUCAAUCUGAACCCAAGUCUGAUGGCAUAUCAGGGAGUCCCUAUGGAAAAGAGGCUGAAUCUGUAUGAUACAUGUGGUCUUGAUGCCUCACAGCACAGUGAGGACCUAACUGACCAUGAGAGUAUUCCCACAAGUGAAAGCCCAUUCAUAUGUAAUGGGUGUGGAAAAAACUUCAGAGGAAACUUUGACCUUAUUCAGCAUCAGAUAGCCAACACUAGAGAGAAGUCCUUUAUGUGUAAUGAAUGUGGAAAAUCCUUCAGUCAGAACUCAGUUAAAAACCAUCAGCCAUCUCUUGUGAGUAUGAAAGCCUACCAGUGCAGUAAGUGUGAGAAAGCCUUCCAUGGGUGUGCAGACCUUGCUAGGCAUCAGGUUCAUCACAGCAGUGAGAGGCCUUAUGUGUGUAAUGAAUGUGGGAAAGCCUUCAGCCAGAAUUCAAGCCUUAAAAAGCACCAAAAGUCUCACAUGAGAGAGAAACCCUAUGAAUGUGACGAGUGUGGAAAGGCUUUUAGGAGGAGCUCAAACCUUAUCCAACAUCAGAGAAUCCAUUCUGGGGAGAAACCAUAUGUGUGUGACAAAUGUGGGAAGGCCUUCCGGAGGAGCUCAAACCUCAUUAAGCACCACAGGAUUCACACAGGGGAAAAGCCUUUUGAGUGUGGGGAGUGCAGGAAGGCCUUCAGCCAGAGUGCACACCUCAGAAAGCAUCAGAGGGUUCACACUGGAGAGAAACCUUAUGAAUGUAAUGAUUGUGGUAAACCAUUCAGUCGAAUCUCCAACCUCAUUAAGCAUCAUAGGGUUCACACUGGAGAGAAACCUUACAAAUGCAGUGACUGUGGGAAAGCAUUUAGUCAGAGUUCCAGUCUUAUUCAGCACCAGAGAAUUCACACUGGAGAAAAGCCUCAUGUGUGCAACAUAUGUGGAAAAGCCUUUAGUUACAGUUCAGUGCUCAGGAAGCACCAAAUAAUUCACACGGGAGAGAAGCCAUAUGAAUGUAGUGUCUGUGGGAAAGCCUUCAGCCACAGCUCCGCUCUAAUCCAGCAUCAGGGAGUACACACUGGUGACAAGCCCUAUGAAUGCCACGAGUGUGGAAAGACUUUUGGUCGCAGCUCCAAUCUCAUCCUUCACCAGCGAGUCCACACUGGAGAGAAACCCUAUGAAUGUACUGAGUGUGGAAAAACUUUCAGCCAGAGCUCAACCCUCAUUCAGCACCAGAGGAUUCAUAAUGGUUUGAAACCCCAUGAGUGUAACCAGUGUGGUAAAGCCUUCAACCGAAGCUCAAAUCUUAUUCACCACCAGAAAGUUCACACUGGGGAGAAGCCCUACACAUGUGUUGAAUGUGGUAAAGGCUUCAGCCAGAGCUCACACCUUAUCCAACAUCAGAUAAUCCACACUGGUGAGAGGCCAUACAAAUGCAGUGAGUGUGGAAAAGCCUUCAGUCAACGUUCAGUCCUAAUCCAGCACCAGAGGAUUCACACAGGGUUAAAACCCUAUGUCUGCACUACUUGUGGGAAAGCUUUCAGCCAGCGGUCAAAGUUGAUUAAACAUCAGGUGAUUCACACCAGGGAGUAGUCUGAGCUGGAAGGAAGGAAAUCAUCCCAGGCUCCUCUCAGACUCCUCUGGCCCUUAUCACAGCCUCUACACCUUUCCAGACCUGAAACCCAGGGUCACUCAACCAUCUACAUAUUCAACCACCACAGCACCUGGAACACUCCUUAGAUCACCCUUCACAGGUUCUUUCCCCUGCCAAUAUUCCACCUCAUGUGAUCCCUUGUAGGUAUUUUGUUUUAAAAAGUUUAUGGCAGGUAACAAAUACUCAUUAGGAAGAAAAGAUUAUGAAGGCUGCAUACUCACAAAUAGAAUUUAUUAUGGUUUAAAGUUAUUAAAAAGUGACGUUUGGUUGUAGGUAAUGACACUAAUUCAUUUGGCAAUUAAUCAUAGGAUAUGUUAUCUGUCAGUGGCUGUUGUUGAUAUUUUAUUUUCAUCAACUCAAGUUGAGUGUUUUUCAUGACUGAUUAGUUAUCCUCUUCUGAGGUGAUACGCUAAUUCCUUACCCCAUCUUACUGACUCCUUCAUAAA